GGGAGAGGUUACAUGAGCAAUGGAAACAGGGCAUACGAAGCAAAUCCAACUCCAAGCUCUCCUCUUUCUCUGCACGAUCGCAAUUGCCUCGUCAGACAUCCUGCCGGGAUCCACUCUCCGCGCAUCCGAGCCAGCUCAAGCCUGGCCGUCCCCGAGCAGCACCUUCUCUCUCGGCUUCGCACCUGCCGAACCCGCGACGAAUCCGCCCACGUUCGUCGCGGCCAUCGCAUACUCCGGAGGAGUCAUUGUCUGGUCGGCAGGCCACGGCGCGGCUGUGGACUCCGCCGGGUCCCUCCAGUUCCUUCCCUCGGGCAAUCUUCGCCUCGUCAAUGGCUCCGGAGCUGUCUUUUGGGAGUCCAACACAGCCGACCGAGGAGUCUCCUCUGCAUCUCUCGAUGAUUCCGGGGACUUGUCCCUCAAGACGGGCGAUGUCUCCAUCUGGUCCUCGUUCCGGAAUCCCACCGAUACCGUCUUGCCGGGUCAAAACUUCUCAGCAGGCAUGGUCCUGAGAUCUGGGUCGCAUUCGUUCACCCUUCUCAGGACCGGCAAUCUCACCCUGACGUGGAACGACACCACCGUGUACUGGAACCGCGGCGUGAACUCGUCGGUCGACGGAGACCCGUGGAAGACCGCGACCCCGAAACAGGUUCAGAAUUUCUCUGUCAAUUUGAGGUCGCCUAGUCUAGGACUGCAAUCGAUAGGGAUUCUGUCGGUCUCCGAUCCGAUGCUCGAGAAUCCCGCGAUUAUGGCUUACAGUAACGAUUAUGUACAAGGAAGCGACAUAUACAGGUUUCUGCGGCUGGACGUGGAUGGGAAUUUGAGGAUUUACAGCUCUGCCAGAGGGAGCGGAACGACCACCAUGACUUGGGCAGCCGUGCUUGAUCAGUGUCAAGUGCCUGGUUACUGUGGACACAUGGGGAUUUGCUACUAUAGAGAUCAUGAAUUCCAGUCUUCCUGUGAGUGCCCAUCUGGGAAUUUCGAGCCAAUCGACAAGGAUAGCAGAAAAGGGUGCAAGAGGAAGGUGGAAAUCCGAGAUUGUCCUGGCAAUUACACCAUGUUGGAGUUGAAUCAUACCCAGUUCCUGCAGUACCCUACUCAAGCGAGUGGAUCACAAGAAGUUUUUGCGGCUAACCUGUCGUCUUGCCGGAUGAACUGUCUUGGAAGCAAUUCUUGCGUCGCAUCGACUUCCAUGAACGAUGGAACGCGCGACUGCUACACUAAAUCACUCGGUUUCCUCAGCGGGUACCGUGCUUUGAUGCUCCCCAGCACGUCAUACGUGAAGGUCUGCGGACCUGUGCUCAGGAACCCGCCAGAUAACAGCAAGAGCGAUCCCUCGAGAUCUCGUGUGAGUGUCUUGAUUAUUAUCGUUAUGGCUUCCCUUCUCGGGUUUCUUAUGUUCCAAGGUGGAUUAUGGCUGUUGUGUCGUGGUAAUGGUGCCAAGUUUGGGCCGCAUUAUGCUCUUCUGGAGUACGCGUCCAACGUGCCGGUACAAUUUUGUUUCAAGGACAUAUGGAGAGCCACGAAUGGUUUCAAGCACAGAAUAGGAGCAGGAGGAGGAUUGGGUAUUUACUAUAAAGGGACUCUCGUAGAUGGAACUGUCGUUGCGGUGAAGCGGCUCGAAGGAAUCAAGCCGGGGGAGAAAGAGUUCAGGGCUGAGGUCGCGAAAAUCUGUUGUACCCACCAUUUGAAUUUGGUCAGAUUGAUUGGCUUUUGCUCCGAAAGGACUAACAGGCUACUGGUCUAUGAGUUCAUGAAAAACGGUUCCCUUGAUAGCUUUCUGUUCAGUGCGAAGGAAAAUUCGGGCAAGCUACUGAGUUGGAAUCGGAGAUUCGACAUCGCCGUCGGCAUUGCCAAGGGAAUCAGGUACCUUCACGAGGAGUGCCAAGAACCCAUCAUUCACGGCGACAUAAAGCCGGAGAACAUCCUUUUGGACGAGACCUACAAUGCCAGGGUAUCGGAUUUCGGCGUCACAAAGCUUUUGAAUUUCGGCGGACGCCGGCCCGGAUUCACCCAGCUUCAGAGGACGAGAGGAUACUUAGCCCCCGAGCAGCUCGCCAACCAGCCCGCGACGUUGAAGUCGGACGUCUACAGCUUCGGAUUGCUGCUGUUGGAGAUGGUGGGCGGCAAGCGGAACUUCGAAGCCUCGGCCGAGACGAACGGGAGGAAGUUCUCCGAAUGGGCUCGGGAAGAGCACGAGAAGGGCGGCAAUGCGAGAGGAAUCAUGGACAUGAGGCUUCUCGAGGAUGAUCGGAACGGGGUGGAUUUUCACCUAGUGAGAAGAGUCAUGGCGGUGAGCUUCUGGUGCACUCAAGAGCGACCUUCGUUGAGGCCGGCGAUGGGAAGAGCAGUGCAGAUGCUGGAGGGAGUCGCGGACGUUGAGAGGCCACCGCUGUCUCCAAAAUCUGCUGAAGAAUUCGUCUUUUUCUAAGUAUGUAAAGCUCUGCAGGUGAGGAUGGACCACUCUACUGCUGCGGAACAGCUCGCACCAGACGUUUUGUCAGCAAUUGCAUGGACGACCGAUCGGUCGAUCCGCGUCGCAUCACUUGGUAACUUACCGCGUGUACAUGCUAUCGAGAUUCCAUGUUGUAUUAAACAAUGAUUCCGUCUUUCGUAAAGUCCUGACGUGAAGUCAGCUCGCCGCGAGCGUGGGCUAAUCUAGGCGCAAAUCACUCGCUAAUCCAGGGGAAACCACUAUAAUAAUGGCGUUGUUGUGGGAACGUGUGACUGAGUCACU